AUGUCGCUCAGGAAGAUCGCCCAGGCCAGCAAGGAGGUAGCUGAGCGCGCCCAGCAGGGCACACUAAGCCCACAGGAGUAUGCAGGCGGCACCUUCGCGAUAUCCAACAUGGGCAUGAUGGGAGUCACAAGUUUCGUGGCCAUCAUCCAGCCGCCGCAGUCCGCGGUUCUCGCCGUCGGCGCGGUCCAGAAGCGCCCGGUGGUCACCGACGACGACCAAAUCACAGUGCGUCAGAUGAUGACCGCCACUCUCUCAGCCGAUCACCGCAUAGUCGACGGCGCCGAGGGCGCAAUGUUCAUCAACGAGAUCAAGGGCCUGCUCGAAAACCCGCUGAGCAUUAUUCUGUAA